CGUUUUCCGGCACAUAAACUUCCGCUCACUAUCUCCACGCUGUAGCGUUUAUCACGCUACUUCCACUGGGCAUAAUAUUGUAAGGAAAUCAGCUGAAUCCUUUACCAAGAUGAGACCUUUAACAGACGACGAGACAAAAACGAUGUUUGAGAAACUGUCUAAAUACAUUGGUGAGAACAUCAAACUCCUGGUAGAUAGACCCGAUGGGACAUAUUGCUUCAGACUUCACAAUGAUCGUGUUUAUUACAUCAGUGAGAGAAUUCUGAAGUUGGCCACCAACAUCGCCCGUGGUAAGUUGGUGUCGGUGGGCACCUGCUUUGGAAAGUUCACCAAGACCAUCAAGUUCCGCCUGCAUAUCACAGCACUGGACUUCCUGGCACCGUAUGCCAAGUUCAAGGUGUGGGUUAAGCCUGGGCAGGAGCAGUCCUUCCUCUAUGGGAACCAUGUGUUGAAGUCUGGUCUGGGGAGGAUCACAGAGAACACUAACCAAUACCAGGGUGUGGUGGUGUAUUCCAUGGCAGAUGUACCGCUGGGUUUUGGAGUGGCAGCCAAGUCGACCCAGGAGUGCAGAAGAGUGGAUCCCAUGUCCAUCGUUGUGUUCCACCAGGCAGACAUUGGGGAGUUCAUCAGGUCCGAGGACACGCUCACAUAAAGGAGUCUUCACAAACUGGACUAUCAAUUAUACACAGUAGUGCUUCCCCCUCUCCUCAGGGACCAGACGUUUCAACAUAGCUGUACUUCCCUCUCCUCAAGGACCACCAGAGGGCUGGGUGAUUUACAUUCAGUUACCAACAUCCCUGUCACUAUGGCUACGUGAUUUACAUUCAGUUACUAUGGUUACCAACAUCCCUGUCACUAUGGCUGAAUGUAAAUCACCCAGCCAUAAUCUAAAUAAAGAUGUUUUGUAAUAUUCAUAAUCUGUAUGGAACUGUGAGUGAUUUGCAUAAAUAUGAUUGUGCAGUUAAUUCUAUCAGCAUAACAUUAAAAUUGUUUUGAUAUAGUGA